AUGUGGUUUAUCCACCCUUUUCAAUUGUGGCAUUAUGAUUAUGACGUAAAGGCUGUAGUCAAAGUUAACAACCGAUCUGCAUUCUAUUCUAUUUCCAUGCAAAACGAACAUAGAAAUGCAUCAAAAGCAAUUGCUUCAUCCAUUGCGCUUCAUCCAAGGAUGAAACCUAGGCCAUUAGACAUCCUCGUUCUCCUACUCUUCCUCUUCCCACGUUUCCACUUGAUAUGCAACGCAGACACAGAAGCAGUGGCCCUUCUGAAAUGGAAGUCUAGCUUGUUCAACCCUGAAUCUCUGAGCUCAUGGAGUCAGACCAAUGGCACCAGCCACUGUCGCUGGUCUGGCAUCACCUGCAACUCAGCCAAUAGGAUAGUUAAGCUCAGCUUGCCAAACCGCAGCCUCAAUGGCACGCUCGACGAGCUAGACCUAACCUCUCUACCAAAUCUCACCAAACUUGACCUAAGCAGAAAUAUGCUGACUGGUUCAAUCCCAAGAAACCUCUCUGCUCUCUCCAGGCUCACUUCAUUGGAUAUCAGCCACAAUGGUUUAGAGACUUCAGAUUUCUCCAAGUUCAAAGUUAUGCCAACAUUGACAUACCUUUCACUCCGAUCCAACUUUCUGACACUGGAAUUCCCAUCCUUCAUACUCAAUUGCACUAAUCUAACCGUCCUUGAUCUAUCAUAUAAUGGGCUCAAGGGAACAAUACCAGAUUCCCUUGGAACCAAUCUGGUUAAGCUUCAGUACCUGAAUCUCUCCCUCAACUCAUUCUCUGGGUCGAUACCUUCAAGUAUAGGCAACCUUGUUCAUCUCCAAAAAAUGAUCCUCAAUGGCAACAAACUAAGCGGUCUUAUCCCUACAGAGAUAGGAAACAUGGCUUCACUAGAGCAAUUAGACAUGAACAGCAAUUUCUUGGAGGGGCAGUUACCAAGUACAAUGGCUCAGCUUGAGUACCUUAUGUACCUAAGUUUAUCCUAUAACAAGUUAAAUGGUAGCAUCCCUACUGGUCUUGGCAAGGGGGGUCUGCUCUACGUUGCCAAAUUCUGGGACAAUAGGUUCUCUGGGGAGCUGCCGGAGUCUCUGUGCAGUGGAUUCAAGCUCCAGCACCUCAAUGUGGGCAAUAACAACUUCUACGGAGCACUGCCUUAUUGGUUGCGCAACUGCACCGGAUUAGUGAAAAUAGUGUUCAAUGACAAUUAUUUCACGGGAGACAUAUCAAAGGCCUUCGGGGUGCAUCCAAACCUCAAAUAUUUGUACCUCAAUGGGAACCAGCUGACUGGAACUCUGUCAACAGAAUGGGGACCGUGCGCUAGCUUGACAUCCUUCAUUAUUAACGGCAAUCAUAUAUCUGGUGAGAUUCCAAAGGAAUUUGGUAACAUUACCAGGCUGCGAGACCUGAACUUAGCUUCAAACCUAUUGACAGGGGAGAUACCAGAUGAAUUGGGAAACUUGAGCUCGUUGCGGAGUCUUAAUCUCAACAACAAUAUGUUAUCAGGCCAUAUCGGAAGAAUUAGCCGCUUGACUCAGCUCUUUCAUCUCAAAUUGUCAGGAAACAAACUAUUAGGACAGAUUGCAGCAGAGUUGGGAAACUCUAGUGGGUUACAUUAUCUUGAUCUCAGCCACAACUUGUUAGAGGGUCAUAUCCCUUCAACAAUUGGAGGCAUGGUCAAGCUCGAGGAUCUUCACUUAUCUGGAAACAAAUUCUCUGGUGAGAUAUCAGAGAAGCUUGGUGACCUCAAAAACUUAAUGCAUUUGGAUUUGAGCAGCAAUGAAUUGUCUGGGUCAAUACCUUCCAAUUUAGCAAGGCUUACGGCUUUGAAGCUGCUCAAUGUAUCUCACAACAACCUCUCAGGUCACAUCCCGGAAGCAUUCUCAGAUAUGUAUAGUCUAUGCUCCAUUGAUUUCUCUUAUAAUAUGCUAACAGGGCCAAUUCCUUCUGGAGAAGUUUUUCACAACGCAUCUAAGGCUUACGUUGGUAAUGAUGGUUUGUGUGGAGAUGCUGUUGGUCUGCUCCAGUGUGGGUUCAGUCCCUCAGACCAAGGAUCUCACAAGAAACACGCAACAUUACUUAUCACCAUCACUGUCCCGGUGGCUGGAUGCUCCCUUAUGCUGCUAGUUGCCAUUGCAUUAGCAUGCAGUAGACAACGGACCAGCAAAGUCGCUGAAACUGAAAACUAUUCCUUAGUGUGGGAUAUGGGUCUCAAGUUUAAAUUCACUGAUGUCAUGGAAGCCAUUGAUAACUUCAAUGAAGCCUACUGCAUAGGAAAAGGAAGUUUUGGGGUGGUGUACAAGGCUGAAUUGCCCUCUGGCCAAGUAUUGGCUGUGAAGCGACACCAUUUUUCUGAUGAGAGUGACAUUCAGGAGAACAAUGUAAGAAGUUUCUUGAAUGAGAUCCAAAUUUUGUUGGGAGUGAGGCACCGCAAUAUUGUGAAGUUACACGGAUCUUGCAUGAGGAAAGGUGUGAUGUACUUGGUAUAUGACUAUGUGGAGAGAGGAAGCUUAGGCGAUGUCCUGUACAAUGUGCUUGGGGGAUUGACAUUUGAUUGGGCAAUGAGAGUGAAAGUGAUUCAUGGAGUGGCUCAUGCUUUAGCUUACCUACACAAUGACUGCUCGCCGAGCAUUGUCCAUCGAGAUAUAUCAAUAAAUAAUGUCUUGUUAGAUGAUGAUUUCGAGCCAAAGCUCUGCGAUUUUGGAACUGCUAAGCUGCUGACACAUGAUGCAUCUAGUUGCACUGCUGUUGUGGGCUCCUAUGGUUACAUUGCUCCAGAGCUUGCAUACAUGACCAAGUUCACGGACAAGUGUGAUGUGUAUAGUUUCGGAGUAGUGACACUGGAGGUUAUGAUGGGAAUACAUCCUGGAGAGCUGCUUUUGAAUUUACCAUCAAUGUCAUCAUCCUCUCAAGGAAAUGAUCAACUUCUGAAAGAUGUGUUGGACCACAGGCUGCUCCCUCCCACAGGCCAAUUAGCUGAACAGGUUGUGUUCAUAGUGAAGAUUGCUCUAGCCUGCAUUCAGACCGAUCCGGCGUCAAGGCCUGCAAUGCUUUCCAUAGCUCAAGAGCUGUCAACCAUGCGAAAGUCUUAUUUGUCUGAGCCAUUGGGAACUAUCACCAUAAAAGAUCUCUUACAGGUUUCAAGAAGAGGUGAAGUAUUGAAAUGA